AUGCGGCUGCUGGGCGAAUCUAGUACACACUUUGCAUUGUUAUUUCAUGUAUAUGUGUGUAUAUACACACACACAUAUAUACAUGUAUAUACAUGUAUAUAUACAUAUAUGUGUGUAUGUAUACAUAUAUGUGUAUAUAUAUAUAUAUAUAUAUAUAUAAUCUUCAUAUAUAUGUAUAUAAUAAAUAUAUAUAUAUACCAAAAUAAAUGUUUAUAUAUAUAUAUAUAU